UUGUACGUCAUCUUGUGAUUGAUAAACACUGUGAUGUUAAUGCUAAAGGGAGGAAUGGCUUAACUCCAUUACACAUGGCAUGUUUAAAUCGUAAUUUUGAAGCUGUUCAAUUUCUUACCAAUUCCACUGAAUGCAAUAUAGAAGCUGAAGGUAAUGAUCAAGAUAGACCACUCCAUUUAGCAUGUAAAUCAGGAAACGUAGACAUUGUACGUCAUCUUGUGAUUGAUAAACACUGUGAUGUUAAUGCUAAAGGGAGGAAUGGCUUAACUCCAUUACACAGGGCAUGUUUAAAUCGUAAUUUUGAAACUGUUCAAUUUCUUACUAGUUACACUGAAUGCAAUAUAGAAGCUGAAGGUAAUGAUCAAGAUAGACCACUCCAUUUAGCAUGUAAAUCAGGAAACGUAGACAUUGUGCGUCAUCUUGUGAUUGAUGAACACUGUGAUGUUAAUGCUAAAGGGAGGAAUGGCUUAACUCCAUUACACAGGGCAUGUUUAAAUCGUAAUUUUGAAACUGUUCAAUUUCUUACCAGUUCCACUGAAUGCAAUAUAGAAGCUGAAGAUAAUGUUCAACAUAGACCACUCCAUUUAGCAUGUGGAUCAGGAAAUUUAGACAUUGUACGUCAUCUUGUGAUUGAUAAACACUGUGAUGUUAAUGCUAAAGGGAGGAAUGGCUUAACUCCAUUACACAUGGCAUGUUUAAAUCGUAAUUUUGAAGCUGUUCAAUUUCUUACCAAUUCCACUGAAUGCAAUAUAGAAGCUGAAGGUAAUGAUCAAGAUAGACCACUCCAUUUAGCAUGUGAAUCAGGAAAUGUAGACAUUGUACGUCAUCUUGUGAUUGAUAAACACUGUGAUGUUAAUGCUAAGCGGAAAGAUGGCUUAACUCCAUUACACAUGGCAUGUUUAAAUCGUAAUUUUGAAACUGUUCAAUUUCUUACCAAUUCCACUGAAUGCAAUAAAGAAGCAGAAGAUAAUGAUCAAGAUAGACCACUCCAUUUAGCAUGUGAAUCAGGAAAUGUAGACAUUGUACGUCAUCUUGUGAUUGAUAAACACUGUGAUGUUAAUGCUAAAGGGAGUAAUGGCUUAACUCCAUUACACAUGGCAUGUUUAAAUCGUAAUUUUGAAACUGUUCAAUUUCUUACCAGUUCCACUGAAUGCAAUAUAGAAGCUGAAGAUAAUGAUCAACAUAGACCACUCCAUUUAGCAUGUCGAUCAGGGAAUGUAGACAUUGUACGUCAUCUUGUGAUUGAUAAACACUGUGAUGUUAAUGCUAAAGGGAGGGAUGGCUUAACUCCAUUACACAUGGCAUGUUUAAAUCGUAAUUUUGAAACUGUUCAAUUCCUUACCAGUUCCACUGAAUGCAAUAUAGAAGCAGAAGAUAAUGCUCAAGAUAGACCACUUCAUUUAGCAUGUGGAUCAGGGAAUGUAGACAUUGUACGUCAUCUUGUGAUUAAUAAACACUGUGAUGUUAAUGCUAAAGGGAGGGAUGGCUUAACUCCAUUACACAUAGCAUGUUUAAGUUGUAAUUUUGAAACUGUUCAAUUCCUUACCAGUUCCACUGAAUGCAAUAUAGAAGCUGAAGAUAAUGAUCAAGAUAGACCACUCCAUUUAGCAUGUGGAUCAGGAAACGUAGACAUUGUACGUCAUCUUGUGAUUGAUAAACACUGUGAUGUUAAUGCUAAAGGGAGGGAUGGCUUAACUCCAUUACACAUGGCAUGUUUAAGUUGUAAUUUUGAAACUGUUCAAUUCCUUACCAGUUCCACUGAAUGCAAUAUAGAAGCUGAAGGUAAUUAUCAAGAUAGACCACUCCAUUUAGCAUGUAAAUCAGGAAACGUAGACAUUGUACGUCAUCUUGUGAUUGAUAAACACUGUGAUGUUAAUGCUAAAGGGAGGAAUGGCUUAACUCCAUUACAUGUGGCAUGUUUAAAUCGUAAUUUUGAAACUGUUCAAUUUCUUACCAGUUCCACUGAAUGCAAUAUAGAAGCUGAAGAUAAUGAUCAACAUAGACCACUCCAUUUAGCAUGUGGAUCAGGAAACGUAGACAUUGUACGUCAUCUUGUGAUUGAUAAAAACUGUGAUGUUAAUGCUAAAGGGAGGGAUGGCUUAACUCCAUUACACAUGGUAUGUUUAAAUCGUAAUUUUGAAACUGUUCAAUUCCUUACCAGUUCCACUGAAUGCAAUAUAGAAGCUGAAGGUAAUGAUCAAGAUAGACCACUCCAUUUAGCAUGUCAAUCAAGGAAUUUAGACAUUGUACGUCAUCUUGUGAUUGAUAAAGGCUGUGAUACUAAUGCUAAAGGGAGGAAUGGCUAUACACCAUUACAUUAUGCAUGUGAAAAGGGCCACUUUGAAAUGGUUAAAAUUCUGACUAAUCAUCCACAAUGUAAUACUGAAGCUGAGAACAGUUUUAAUGACAGACCACUGCACAAAGCAUAUUAUGAAUCUGGAAAUUUUGACAUUGUACGUCAUCUUGUGAUUGACAAACACUGUGAUGUUAAUGCUAAAGGGAGGUUUGACUAUACACCAUUACAUUAUGCAUGUAAAAAGGGUCACUUUGAAAUUGUUAAGAUUCUGACUAAUCAUCCACAAUGUAACAUUGAAGCUGAAGAUGAGAAUAAUGAUAGGCCAAUACAUCUAGCAUUAAGUGGUAAAACUCAUAUGAACAUCGUAAAUUAUCUUGUUGAAGUUAAAGGUUGCAAUACUCAGGGGAUAACCACUUAUGAUAUGAAAGUUAGUAGUUAUCUUCAUAUUUAUCAAUCUAGUGGUAUAGCAUUAUUACGUGUUGUUAAGUCUGGUCCUAUGAAAGAUAAAGUUGGUCGAAAAGCUGUCAAAUAUUACUUUAUGCCUUGUGCUCUAAAACCAGCAGAUGUAGAAAAAGAGGAGAGAGAUGGGUCAGUUAGUCCAGUUCCUUUAUUGAUAUGUUUUGAGUGUGGUUAUACUCCUGUUGGUGUUUUCUGUUGUCUAGUAGUGUAUCUUCUUGAUCAGAAGACAGAUCAAGUAUUGGAAUGGAAAUUAACUGGUAAUGAUCAAUAUCGUAACAGGAUUACCUUUCAUGUUGGAAAAUACCAUGAUACUGUUACCUUAAUCAGUCAUGCUACUUACCUUGAAGUGUGGGUUCAGCAAAUAAAAGGCUCACAGCUGUCAACAAGUGAUUUACUGUCAUCAUUACACAAAGGACUAGUCACAGUGACACAAUCACUCCAUUACACUUACAAGUCAAAACAUGAGUUUGGAGUACCAUGUACAUGUACUGGAGUACCUCAUCCUGCUGUGAUUGACUUUAAUGAAAGUGCAACUAAGUGUGUGAAUGGCAGAAUAGUGGAGUUUAACGAGAAGCAAUUGUACUGGUCUAAGAAGGUUGUUGAACUGAAUAACACAAUACAAAACACUAGCAGCAAAGUAUCAUCUCAAACUGAAUCCCAUAAAAGUUCUUCGUCCCAUGGCACAGCUGCAGUAGAUACAGAAGUUUGUCCUAGAGACUUGUUUCGUGAACAUUCAGCUGAUAUUACCCAAUGCAUCUCAUUAGAUGUAGUACGUGUUGCUGAUAGACUGUUUGCUGCAAAAGUGAUUCCUGAACAAUUAAGAAAUGAAGUAUCUAAUGUAACUGGUUUAGAUGACUAUAGAAAAGCCAACAAAAUGACAGUUCACAUUCAAAAUACUCUCAGUUGUCAUUCAAAUCCAAUUGAGUAUCUUACUGAA